UCCACGCCCAUGGCCCAUUCCCUUUCCACCCACCUUUUGACAGCAUCCAUUCUGAAAAUGAAAAUUGUGUAUGUAUUUACGUGAUCUAUCUGACGAGCAUUUCUGUUGCAAUUUUAUCGUUUAAGGGCCGCAAUUAACGGCCAUUUACUCUCGAAAAAAUCUCGGAGUAUAUUUAAGUCACAAUCCACAAACAAAUGGACGAACAGGUCAACCUGGAGCAAUUUUUGCUACCCAACUUUGCUGGCAUGGACAGCGAUCUUGACUUGGGUCUCUCCGGUUUCUCGGACAUGCCAGAUAUUGAUAAUUUCCCUCCGUCAUUGAGUGAUGAUCUGGAGCUUCAAGUGGGAGUGGAUGUCGAGGAAGAUUACCUUUUCAGUGAUGGAAUUUUGAAUUUGGACAAGAUCCCACUGGAAUGGGCUCCAGAUAAAAUCUCUUUGUCAAGAAAUAACAUGCAAAUAAGUGUGAAAAAUGAACCGGGUACGCCACCAAGUCCAACCGGCAGCUCUGAUAGCGGCUGCUCUGAUAGUGGCUGCUGGCCCAAGACUGAAACUGAAACGCCGCCAGUUUCUCCCCCCAGAGUGGUUGUACCAAAAUUCCAAUCAGUUGUGAUGCUGCCUCAAAUGAAUUUUGUGCCAGUUAAUGGGCGAUCAAAGACAGCCAAGAGGAUACAACCAAAACCUGCCGAGGACAUAAAGGCGAGACCCAUAAAAAUAGAGUGGAUACCUGGUCAAGAAACUGUAACCUCAACAACAGAUAUGCGACUCCUCAAGAAGCACCAGCGCAUGAUCAAAAACAGAGAAUCAGCUUGCCAGUCUCGGAAGAAGAAAAAAGAGUACUUGAACGCGCUGGAGACACGGAUAAACAACCUUCUGAUGGAAAACAAACAGCUCAGGUGCGAGAAUGAAGAGCUGAAGGCGCGACUGGCAAAGCAAGAGGUGCCCCGCGGCAAAAAGGGCGUGAUCACCCUUUGCGCUUGUCUCAUGCUGGUCGCCUUCAACCCUCUCUCUGUCUUCCAACCAUCUGAUCUGCCAGACCCUGUUGUCCAACAUCCAAUCAGAAGUCCCGCUGGUCGCUCUUUGCUUUGGAUGGGCGACAGCAAGCCCAAGGCGCUCCCCCGUUGCCCUGUUGCAAUAAAUCAGACUGAAUCGGAUCGUCUAAAUUCGCAGCUUCGCGGCUGCUUCUCAACAAACUCGAGCAGGGUUGAGCGUGUACCAAGACCUGCAGCAAAGAAGAAACUGCGCAAGAGCAGUGCAUUAGCUCUUUACGGACCUCACGAGGCAUUGUUUGACGCAAUCGGGCGUCGUGAUGACUUUUUCUAUGUGUUCAGCACAGAGCACGUGUUGCGAGCUGCCAAGGCGCACAACGUCAGUUCCAGACCCAAAGUGGCCCUGGUGUUGCCCACAGUGAACGCGUCUGUGCCCAGUCAUAAGGUAGCCCUGCUGCAAGUGGAGUGCGAAGUCAUCGACACUAGGGCGUUCGCGGUAGACCAACGUCUCAUGCCCAACGCGACCGCAACUGCUCGCCGCUGGAGGCGGGACUUCUUCGGCCACAAUUGAACUCUAGUCGGCACCUUGUUAUAUGAUAAUGAAUUUUAUUGCACCGCAUUCAUGUCCUCUGUUGGAAAAAAAAUUAUUGGUCAUUGACUGGCUCUUCUAGUACCUUCGAUAUUAAACGUGUAUUGGCUCACUUAAAAUAAUUAAAUUUGUUCUACUUGCAUAACUUA